UGGAGGAGUUCCGCUAUCCUGCUACUGUAAAAUCCUAGCGUAGUGAAUCGCUGGGAGAGGUACAGGGGAAUAACGGAGGCGAAUUCACGAGCGUUCCCCGAUAGUGUUAUUUUGAAAUUAUAGUGACUGAAUACAGUUUAUCUACAUGAGAUGGACUAUUAGUACAGACAAACGUUUUUAUUUGCCUAGGCUUUGAAGAGUUUGCGAGCAGCUACCUAACUAGCUAUGCUAACGUUAGCGAGCGAGCUAGAUAAAACUGUAAACAUGGUUUAAAUUGGUCGCUCACUUGACGUUAUAUUGCUGUAAUUUAAAUUUAGUAUGAAUUAUUAUUUUAUCAAUGUGUGUCUGCCUUAGCUAAUAACGUUUAGGAUACAUUUAUGCUUGGAUUCAAACAGCCGCAGUGUGUGCACAAAUCAAACAACUGCAGCAAAGGCAGAUGAUGGAGGAGCUGUGGCGACGUGGCAUGCCCCUGUCAGAUCGAAUGGAAAAUGACUCCCCAGCAGAUAUGGCCCCAGGGUCCCCGACCACAGCGGCCCCGUCGGGCUCCAAUGCCUCCUGGGUGCCAGAGGCCCCCCUGGUGACCCCCGAGGAACCCUACUUCCUCAUGACCUCCACUGCCCAGACCGUGUCAGGGUUCUUUGUCUGGACAGCCCUGCUAAUAACCUGCCACCAGAUCUACAUGCACCUGCGCUACUACAGCUCUCCCAAUGAGCAGAGGCACAUAGUUCGCAUCCUCUUCAUCGUUCCCAUCUACGCCUUCGACUCGUGGCUCAGCCUCCUCUUCUUCACUAACGAAGAGUACUACGUCUACUUUGACACCGUCCGCGACUGCUACGAAGCAUUUGUGAUCUACAACUUCCUCAGCCUGUGUUAUGAGUACCUUGGAGGGGAGAGUGCCAUCAUGGCUGAGAUCAGAGGAAAGCCCAUUGAGUCCAGCUGUGUGUAUGGCACCUGUUGUCUCUGUGGCAGGACUUACUCCAUUGGGUUCCUCCGAUUCUGCAAACAGGCCACUCUACAGUUCUGUGUGGUGAAGCCUCUGAUGGCCAUGAUCACUGUCAUCCUGCAGGCCUUUGGGAAGUACAGAGAUGGAGACUUCAAUGUGGCCAGUGGGUACCUGUAUGUGACCAUCAUCUAUAACUUCUCUGUCAGCCUGUCUCUCUACGCCCUCUUCCUCUUCUACUUCGCCACCCGCGACCUGCUGGUCCCCUACAACCCCAUGCUCAAGUUCUUCAUGGUCAAGUCUGUCAUCUUCCUCUCCUUCUGGCAGGGUAUGCUGCUGGCCAUCCUGGAGAAGUGUGGAGCCAUCCCUAAAAUCAACUCUCCCGAAGUGUCAGUGGGGGAGGGCACGGUCGCCGCCAGCUACCAGAACUUUAUAAUCUGCAUUGAGAUGUUCUUUGCCGCUGUGGCCCUGCGCCACGCCUUUACCUACAAGGUCUACAUGGACAAGAGGCUGGAUUCCUAUGGGUCAUAUCCUAUUUAUGGACAGUACGGUCGCUGCGCCCCAAUGAAGAGCAUCUCUAGCAGUCUGAAGGAGACCAUGAACCCCGGUGACAUGGUGCAGGACGCCAUCCACAACUUCUCCCCGGCCUACCAGCAGUACACACAGCAGUCCACCCUAGAGCAGCGCGGGGGGGCGCCGGUGUCCCGCAGCCACAGCAACCUCAGCACCCGCGACAACGAGAAGACUCUGCUGCUCAGCUCCGACGAUGAGUUCUGAGCCGCUCUACACACCGACCGGUGGUACUACUGAAGGGGUGGAGAGGGGAGGGGCUUUAUGGACUCUACUAUAGUGCCGUACCAAAUCGACAGGCUUGAGUCCUUUGGCUGAUCCACUUCAUUGCAUACAUGAACAUACCACUGCCAAUAUGGAUCAAUACAGAUACACACACACGUGCAUAGACCAUUCCCAGGUCUCUUCAGGCUGUGUGUUAACACUACAAAGGCCUACCACACAGAGAAACACUCACCAACGUGCGUGCCAUUGACAUGAGUGCCAUUGAAAUAUUGUCAAUCAUACAGUCCUCCAUUUUGUUUUCAUUGGACAUUAUUUCUUAUCCCUUACCCUCCUGCCAGCUCUGCCUCUUGCUGAAAUGUUGCCAAAUAGAGGGAGAUCCCACUUGGUCAGCAGGACCCUCUCUAACUAAAGAUUUAGAUUUCAGAGUGACUUGGAUAAGACACUCUAAGGGACCCCUAAAUCACUGAGUUGUAUAUUUUGAUGUUUAUUGACCUGAUGGUAUACUUCUCAUUUUAAACUAAUCUAUUAUGAAGGGAGGUUAUUAUUAUAUUAUGUGUGUUUGCAUAUGAGUGUGUUGGCAUGAACAGGGAGGUACAGUGAGGAUAAUAUAAUUGGGGGGGGGGUUUGGGGGUCAUUCGGGGUGUCUCCCUGGAUGUUAUUGUUGUUGUCAUAUUGAGGGAACAGCUGUUGAUAGAGGUUUGGUGUGGGCGACUGACAUCACCCACACGGAUUACAGAUUAAAGAGGAACGGCCUUCUCAGCAGAGCUGGACCCGGCCGCAGCAGACAGGAUUAGAAUCCCGUAAUUGGGGCAUUAUGUGCGCCACAGAUCAGGCAUGUUUUUACCGUCACGUUGGUCUAACGGUCAUAUCGCGCCGAACUGCGCGUGUGCUGGCCGUCAAAUCAAAGGCUCUCUUUAGAUAACGUUUUUGGGACGAAAAUGAAAACGUGUCAAUUUGUUAAUUUAACGAGGUUGGAGUAAUAACAUGUUCAACUACUUAAGACAUGGCUCUUUAGAUUGAGAAAAUAAACGACUAAGGAAGAAUUUCACUGUUCUCAUUGACGUCUCAAACCUCAGCCUGGUCUGAUUCGCAAGCGUUCCUGGAAGUUUUGCAAUGUUGCACCUCUGGGUUUAGAAACUAUGUGGUGAAGUUGUCAAGGGUAUCGGGACCAAGCAAUUCUUCCCCCUGGUGGCAGGAGGCAGAGCGAUUUCCAACCCAGCCUCUGGGAGGAGCCUGUUGAGCAGAAAUACAUUUCCUUUGAAUACAUAGGCUUGGCUAUCUUCAGCAUUAAUAUACCUCAGUUAUGCCUGAAUAUACAUGCUUUCUUCAUCAUGGCUGUUUUCUUGCCUUGUUAGGGUUGCUAUGUUGCUGCUCAGUGUCACUACCCUCCUCGUUGCUUUUCCCUUUUGAGAGGUAUUUUUGCAGAAGACAACACACAUAAACAGACAAUUUUGAAACAUUUUACUCAUGAAACCCCAUCUCAUUGCACUGUCAAUUCCAAAGCUGUAGUUU